CUGGCGGCGCCGGCGGCCUCCCUGGCUGCCCAACCUUCUCCUUCUCCCAUGCCCCAUCUCCAACCCGACGACGGCGCGCAGGGGCAGGGCGAGGGGAUGCAGCAGUUCGGGGGCCCGUACGACGAGUCGGUGAUGCUGGCGUCGCGGCUCCGGCAGCACCAGAUUAGCGGCGUUGGCAGCGCGGCGGCGACGAAGCAGAUGGUGCUGCAGCAGCUCGCCGAUCUGAGGCAGGGCCACCAGCACCACAUGAUGCUCCAGGGCAUGGGCCGCUCGCCGACCGUCGGCGGAGGAGGGGACGGCGGCAUGCUCCUCCCGCUCACCCUCGGCAACGGCGGAUCGGGCGGCGAUGUGCAGGCCCUCCUGAAAGCAGCUGCCGCCAAUUCCGCCGGAGGGGACGCCGGCGUCUACGGCGGCUUCGCCGGAUCGCUCCAGCAGCAGCAACAUUUCCAGCCACAUCCACAGGUUCGCAACCAGCAAACGGCGCCCAUGCCGAGCCCGACCUUUGGCGCAGGAGGAGGUGCUCCCGGAGGCGGGGCGCAACCGCAAGCCGGGUCCGGUGGCGGCGCGCCGGCGCCGCCGAGGCAGCGGGUGCGCGCGAGGCGAGGCCAAGCCACCGACCCCCACAGCAUCGCGGAGAGACUCCGCCGGGAGAGGAUCGCCGAGAGGAUGAAGGCCCUGCAGGAGCUGGUGCCCAACGCUAACAAGGAACACUUCUCAUCUGCUAAAGUAAAUAUCCCAGCAGGUACUGGAUACCGGGUGGUUUACUUUCGUACUCACCGCACGCUUGCCACUAGAGAAGGCACAUGAGGGCGUUGCGCCGGAGGCGUUUGCUGUUGCUCUCAUGGGUAUUGCGGUGGCAAUGUCAAGGCAUCUCACCACAUCUAGACAAGCCUUGAGCCACACGUUGUAUUGGGAGUUGGAAGGAAUUGCAUAUGAGACUGCAUAUAUGUGCGACCUAACCGACUUGGAUUUCGUUGUUAUCAUGAUCCACUGGAUGUCACCACUCUGGCUGGACCUUCUGGUGUUUGAUAAUCUAGCCCUAAGCAGAUUUGUUGUCUUCAAAUGCGGCUAAAUGUGAGCCAAACUAACAACCUUUAGUUCUUGAGAUUUUUGUUAUAUCUUGGAGUAACAAUCUGCAACAGUGCUCAUGGUUUUUACAUCUACUAUCUAAAAUAUAUAUUUGUUUUUCUAUAUGCUGUCUUUGCUGUUGAGGGAUCAACUUUUUUUCCUGUGAAAUAUAGAAAGAUGAUGCAAAAAAUAAUAUGUGCCUUCCUCUAUGUUUACUAGAAAACACAUGCAUGAUUUUAACACUGUCUACAAAGUAAAUGUAUCCUCUUCUCUCAUUGGUUCAGAUAUAUUCUGGAGAUAAUAUCUUCCGUUCUGACUAGAUUUUGAGAAUAUGAACUGGUGAAAUUUCCUCACGCCAUAAUAGUUUUAGUUUAUCAUGAAAGAUCUUUGCCAGGCCUUGAGAUUCUCGCUGAGAUCUCUUUGAUGCAAUUAUUAAGAUGGAGUUACAAGACAGGCAUGCAGAAAUCCACUAGCUCCUUAAAUGGACAAAAUCUGUUUGUUCUAUAAUAGUUCUGUCUGUUUAAACUAAAUUUCAUUUCAUUAGCUGUACUCACUGGAUCUUUGUGAUUCCUUUCUCAUGAUGCAGUGCACUAACUAAAUAUCAAUUUGAUCCAGUGCCAUGGAGUUCUGUUGUCGGUGACUGGUGUCUGCCGAACCAUCUGAUAAGACAAGGCAUCGCUAUGCAGUGCACUAACUAAAUAUAUUUCUCUAUAUUUUUUUUCGUCUAUUUAUUACUAUUUACUACUUAUUAUCAGCUUGUAUUUCUUAACUGAUCUGUGUAAUUUUGUGCUGGUCCAGUAAUUAAGUCAACUACAUUCUCUUUGUUCCUUUUUCGAAAAAUAUAUUUUUUUACAAAAUAUUAAUCAGUGUGGAAGACAAUUUUAUCAGCUACGUCGUGUCCUCUAAAGACUGUCCUUCCUUUGUAAUUGACAUGUACAUACGAAUUAGGUUCCCGCUGCAAGUCCCCUUGUGCAACUGUGUGGAUAUUGCUUUUUUCCAUUCGUUUGUGCUAAGUUGUUUUGUACUUCCCGUGCUCCAAGGCUCGUCCCUGAAAUACUUUUUCCUACUCCAUUUGUAAUUUUGUGUUAUUUAUCCCAAGUUCAUCCCUAUUGGCUUCGUCUUAUAAAACUAAAAAGAAAUAUUAUUAUUUUUUCACCUAAUUUUUAUCGUGGUUAUAGAAAGUGCACAUCGGCUUAAGUUUCACGGUAUUGUAUAUUGUUGAAAAUGACAUAAAUUGGGUGUCAAACCUCACUUUGUCAUAGUUAUAUCGUUGAUCAGUUUGUAUUGUAAAGUUUAGCACUCCCUGUUAUAAUUGGUCAGGUUAUCCCACGCAUAUGAUUUAUCUCUGUGUAGGUUCUUGAUUUUACCUUAAAGAAUGAGAUGAGCAUAAUCAAACAAUAUUAAUGUUUUAUAGAUUUUCCCACUGUUAUUUAUUUGUGUCUAUAAAUUAUUCCGUUUCUAAAGAAGAAGAAAAGAAACUGAUGUUUCUGUUGCAUGUGGUUUUCAGACAAGGAACAAUGUUCUUUUCAAGAUGCAUGUAUCAUGUAUGCUCAGUAAUCUUGAUCUAACAACUUAUAUUGUGCACUAAAGGUAUCUGCAUUUAUUUAUUAUUUGCAAGAUCUGGCACCUACAUUAUUAAUAUGCUGAAACACAAUAUUUGUAUUCUGAAUUUCAAACAUUCGAGCACAUUCAAAUUAUAUUACAUAUAGUGACUAUAAAACUGCAGAGGUUGUUAAUUGGAUUAUUGCAAUGAUUUGAGGUAGCUCAAACUUCCUGGAAAUCGAAGGGAUUUCUACUACAGGAGGUUCAAUCGAACAAAGAAAGAGCCUACUGGAGAUGCAAAAUUAAUUCUCCCUGGAGUGGAACAGUUUUAUAUAAUUAUAGCAUGAUUGUCCUCACGAAAAUAUGGAUUUCCAUAGUAUAAAUGUCAAGGAAUGUGUCAAUGGAGUGCUGCUAUCAUCCUGGUCGCAGUGGAGCACAUGACGCCCGAGACGGAUCAUGUGACACUACCAUCCUGAGCGCACUGCAUGUGGAAAUCAAAUAGAAGACCCAAUUCAUUGUAUACGUCAAGCUCAGGCGAGUUGCUGCUGAUUCUCCCUUCUCCUAUCAGUGCCUGCAUGAAAGAUGAACUUAAUUGUUUGAUACGUAAAGAACUUAUGCACCGCCGAUUUUUUUUUGACGUCGCGUGGAUGAUGCUAAUGAAGUGGGGAGCUCUAUUCUUUUUGAAUCCUUUCUGGCCGGCCAGAGGCCAUGAUGGACCCACACGGUGAUGGAGGGGAGGCCAUGGGCGAGCGGUUGAGCGGGCCCACGAGAAGCUGCAGGGCAAUGGAAGGGCAGUGGCCGAGGAUGGAAGCAGCGUGGGAGAUGGAGGAUUUACUCCACACCUUCAUUUCGUCUGCAUCGAGCUGUCCCGCAAAGAUGUGUGUCACAACAGCCUGUCAAAGAUGUGGCAGCCUGGCAGGUGCAGCUGACAAGAAAAACAACCCUUAGACUGUACAAAUUCCAGCUUCACAUUAGGUAUACAUGCUGAAUUUGAGUCUAUGAUAAAUUGUCGCUGAGUCUGUAUUGUCUACCAUCUGAUUGUUCCAAGUUGCGAUUUGGCGUUGAUUGUUCUGUGAUUUAGUUUUCAUGAAUGUUGCUUCCAGGUGCCACAAACCAUUGAUAUUUGUUUGCUUCAUGUUAUCUACGUAUCUGGGGAUUGUGUUCCUCACUUUUGUUGUGGUAUUGUACAUAUAAAUCAAGCGUAUGAUGCAAUGGUUGUAUAUGUGAGUGCUUUUGCUUCAUGCUGCUAUCAAUUGCGUAGUUAUGUAGUUUAUUUUGUCCUGUGGCGUGCUUUCUCAGGAAAAACGACAUGUGUUUAUUCCUAUUUCACUGCCGUUUUCUCCGCUCUUAUUAUUAGUGCUUUGUGCACUAAAUCCCA